GUGCAUCUGGUUGUUUCAGUGCAUCAGCGGUGACAAAUAUUUCAAAAGCAGUAUCCAAGAUCUGCACACAACGCCAGUCAUGAAGCGCUUCAAGGCCGCGGGCAUCCUCUCGCGCUCUACGGGUGCCUGCACGACCAAGUCCAACCCAAGAUGCACGUCCUUCUCCGGCAUCCGGGCAACGACCGUCGCUGGCGCCAUCACGCUGAAGAAGGCGUGCAAGUGCAGCCUUAUCAUCACCAGCGGCACCGAGGUCGGCCACCCAACGGGCAAAUACUCUCACAGCACGGGGUAUAAGCUCGACUUUGCCAAGAACGCGGCCCUCAACCGAUAUGUGAGGGGGACGUUCACGAGAAUCUCGAACCGCUCCGAUGGCGCGAGCCGGUACAAGGCUCGUUCCGGGAACAUCUAUGUGGACGAGGGGAACCACUGGGAUGUGACUUUCUUCACAGACGGGAGAUAG